CGGGGCCUCUGGUGGCGGUCGGGAACGGGGGGGUGGAGGCGGCAACAUUGUUUCAAGUUGGACAAAUUGACAAGAGCGAGGGAUACACAGCGUUCCAUCGCGCCCUGGGGCCUCGGUGCUGGGUCCUGUUUCCCGCCCCUCCGCCCACGAGAGCCCGGGCCCGCUUUCUGCAGGGUUCCCAGGCCCCCCGGCUCCAGGGCCGGGCGGACCCGGCUCGCUGGCGCUUCAUGGAGAACUUCCAAAAGGUGGAAAAGAUCGGAGAGGGCACGUACGGAGUGGUGUACAAAGCCAAAAACAAGCUGACGGGAGAAGUGGUGGCGCUCAAGAAAAUCCGCCUGGACACUGAGACUGAAGGUGUACCCAGCACUGCCAUCCGGGAGAUCUCUCUGCUUAAGGAGCUUAACCACCCCAAUAUUGUCAAGCUGCUGGAUGUCAUCCACACGGAAAACAAACUUUACCUCGUUUUUGAAUUCCUGCACCAAGAUCUCAAGAAAUUCAUGGAUGCCUCUGCUCUCACUGGCAUUCCUCUUCCCCUCAUCAAGAGCUAUCUGUUCCAGCUGCUCCAAGGCCUAGCGUUCUGCCAUUCUCAUCGGGUCCUGCACCGAGAUCUAAAACCUCAGAAUCUACUUAUCAAUGCAGAGGGCUCCAUCAAGUUAGCCGACUUUGGACUAGCCAGAGCCUUUGGAGUGCCUGUUCGUACUUACACCCACGAGGUGGUGACCCUGUGGUACCGAGCCCCUGAGAUCCUCCUGGGCUGCAAAUACUACUCCACAGCCGUGGACAUCUGGAGCCUGGGCUGCAUCUUUGCCGAGAUGCACCUAGUGUGUGCCCAGCACCAUGCUGGGUGCUGUGGGGAACACAGAAGAAAUGGAAGACACAGUCUCUGCCCGCUGUGCUCCUAUCUAGAAGUGGCCGCAUCCCAAGGAGGGGGGAUGACCGCAGUGUCUACCCCACAUCCCGUGACCCGCCGGGCCCUGUUCCCUGGUGAUUCUGAGAUUGACCAGCUCUUCCGGAUCUUCCGGACUCUGGGGACCCCAGAUGAGGUGGUUUGGCCAGGAGUUACUUCAAUGCCCGAUUACAAGCCGAGUUUCCCCAAGUGGGCCCGGCAGGAUUUUAGCAAAGUCGUGCCUCCCCUGGAUGAAGAUGGACGGAGCUUGUUAUCGCAAAUGUUGCACUAUGACCCCAACAAGCGGAUUUCGGCAAAGGCAGCUCUGGCUCACCCCUUCUUCCAGGAUGUGACCAAGCCAGUACCCCAUCUCCGACUCUAACAUCGUGGCCCAAGUUCCUCCCCCCCCCCCCCCCCCGCCCCGGGUGUCACCCACUCCUCCCAGUAUGGGCUUGAUCCGGCGUGGCCCUCCCCGCUGUUUGGGCGCAGGUGGAGGCCCUCUGAUCCUGUCCGGCAACUGUGACACUUCCCUGCCCCUGCUGGCCUGCCGACGCUGGGCACAGAAGGGUUGAGGGAGGAAUGGGUGAGAAUGAGAGGAAGUUGCAGUGUUCCGUGCACUUACGUCAGUGUCCACCACCCGCUCCCCUCCUCAUAGUCCUUGCUGAGAAGGGCUCGUCUUGGAAAAUACCAGAGCUGACUGUUCUCUCCCAGACUCUGAAUGCCCCAUAAUUAUUAUCCCAUGUGUUUGGGCCCCCAAGCCUCCUGUGGCCACUAGUUUUGUAAAGGUCAACUACUAACAGGGUUGGCUAAGCUGGAACUUUGGAGAAAGGAGCAGGAAGAACACCACAGGGAGGAAGUGUUCUUAAAGAAUUCAGUUAAAACCACUCGUGGGUUGCUGUUUCACCUCACCUGACAAGUGGGCAGACCCAAGACUAGGCCCCGGGGGGGCCUGCAGGAGAAAUGGCAGCCCCUAGCCCCUCUGUCUGCCCCGGCUGUGGGCCAGAGGACUUGAAGGCUCUUAACACAGGCACUGUGCCUCCCUCCCAUCCAUUCUCCACGGCCUUAGAGGCAGGUGAGAGAGUUUGGAUUUUUCUCUGCCCUCGGGAUUCUUAGUUGUUCAGCUACCAUGGAUCCCUGCUCCUGUCUUUUCUGAGGGCCACCCCUGCCCCCUAGGAGAGGAAGUUAGGGUUUAGACAUCCUUUUGAGAAUGCUGACACUUCCAGGGAUGACAUUGGGAAAAUAUAUUUCUUUAAAAGAAGGAUGAACAAUUAUAUUUAUAUUUCAGGUUAUGGUUUUUAAACAGGAGCGGGUGGAUUUUUUGCCAUGUGCACCUUGGGGUUUUGUAAUGGAAAUGUUAAAAAUGUUUUCCUUUUUUUAUCAUUCUGGCUCUUUUUCUUCCACCUCUUGAACUUGAGUGCCCUUACUAUUAACGUUAUUUGUAAUUUAGUUUGUAAUUCAUUAAAAAAAAAGUUCCUAGUUUUGUAGUUAUUUUGUUCCUCCUAUUAUUCACGGGAAGAAUGGUGUGAGAGAGACCAGGCAGGCGAAAUUGUGGUGACUGGUUUUAGGCCUCUCUAGGCAGGGAUACCCUCUCACUCUGUUUUGGUCUCUAAGAUGCACUUGGAGUUGGGAUAGGACCCAGGGUGAGUAACGUGGGUAUUAGACCCAUUUUACAGCCAGGGAAGCUGAGGCCCUGUCAUUUCCUCCUUCACUUUCCCCACACAGCAAGUCCUACCUCCCCCCACCCCACCACCCCCACACACACAGCGACCAUUCCAGAAUCUGCAGUAGGGUUGGAAGUAGGUUCCAGAAGAAUCCAUCCACCUGUACACCGCCUUUCCCAGUAAGCCGCGUUGAUUUUCCUUUCUGUUGCUUAUCACACACGGCAGAGUUUCUGAAGAUUAUCUUAUUCACAUUUACAUACAAUUCAAAAAAUACCCACUGAGUAUAGAAAAUUACUACCACGGCGUCUCCAGCUACUGCUUUUUGUAGUUGCCAUUGUCUCCAUCAAAAAAACAUCUCAGAUCGCCCGCAGGCCACGCCGAAAACGCACGUCCUCUGAACCCUCGCUAAAAGGAAGAGCGCUGAGGCGCGUCUCAAAUUCCCAGGCGCCGGGUCCCCUCAGAGGUAUUUCCCUUUACGCCCGCGAAUUUGUCAUAGAGGGCGGGGCCCCGAGUCAGCCCCCGCCAAAUCCAGGGGGAGGAGCGAAGGUCAGUAACGGCCUCCCUCAGGCUUCCUUCAACCCCGCCUUGCCUGCCAGUCAAGUCCCGAAUUUCCGCAGCACUGGCUAAAGUCUCACUUGGACCCGCCUCCAUCACUCACCUGAUUAGAUGUUUAUGAGUCAAAAGGCGGGGGUCAUGGGGUGUCGAGGUUUUAUUGGCUGGUACGCACGUCUAUCAACGACGUACCGCCCCCUGUCUCCGGGAGCUCGCUCUUUAACGGCCCAUCACCUCGUCCGUCUUCCAGGUUUCUCUCCCUGUAUUGGCUUAUGACCCUGCCUGUCCAGUCCCUUGCUCGUACUCGUUGGCGACAGCACCCCAAGAGUCCCGCCUUUCUCCAGAGGAUUGGCGGAUGAGUGCACAUACAGCCCACCCUCGAUGAAAUGAAUGCAUACAUCUGCAAGGGUACUUCAGAAUUAAAAAUGGAAUUAAAAGAUAGGUUUCUUUUGGUGCAAAAAAAAAAAUCUUGAAAUUCAU